AUUCGGUCACGAAGCGCGAUCACGGCAUGUCGUCGGUACGCCGCGUGCACGGAACAGCAGUCGUUGCGUUCGUAGUUUUUCGGUUAUCGCGUUUGUAUAAUAUAAUAUAUUUUGUAACAACAAGCGAUUGUAAUAAAUUGUAUUAAUGUAGGUAGUGCGCGUUUCGUCGUAAAACGAUAUUUAAACAUUCAAUUCGAAUAUCAUCAUUAUCCAUUACAAUUUACAUUUCAGUGUUUCGUUCGACAAACGGUCGUCGGCUGCAGUUUUGCGGUAAAUAAAAAAAUAUUUUUAUAAUUAUGUAUAGGUAGGUGGUAUACCUCAUGGAUCCUACAGUUACACAUCAUAAUAUAUUAUACCGUAUAGAUGUAUUUCAUUCUAACCGCCAAAAGUCUACUGUGGGUGACGUUGAGUGUGGUGUCCACCAUUACUCUAUUCACGGCCAUUUACUCGCCGAAAUGGCUCAUCGGACCUACUGAUUACAACUGUAUAUCCAGUAAAUCGCCGUCCACUGAAACGAACAACACCUUGGAUUCACCGUACUACGAAGUGCGCUGCCGUCCGUCCGUCGGAAUUUACUACCGGUGUAAGAAAAUCAACGGCCACCAGCACUGCGGUUCGUUCGCCGUCGAAGGACUAGCCACGGAUUCGUUGAUGUUCCCGUUUGUGUGGAAGGUUGGCUUAGUGUUGAUGUCCGCUGGUGUUUUCGUCAGCUUUUUAAUGUCCGCCAUGGCCGUGGGCAGCUUUUGCAAGCAAUCGAUAAGGAAGAAAAGCGUGUUUGGAAUAGCUGGUUCCGGGCAAGGACUUGCUGUUUUACUCUAUCUGAUCGGAGUAAUUUGUUUCGCCGCUGGUUGGGGUUCGGAACGCGUGGUGGUGCUGUGUGGAACUCAAUCCGUGCCUUUUGUCUCUGCGGAUUGCACGAAUGGAUCAGGUUUGUACACUGCAGCUUUUGGUAUUGUUCUCACUUUCGCCACGGCCAUGUUAUCGGGGCCAGCUGAUCGAGCAACGUCCAGCGACAAAGUAGCACUUCAACUCGAACAAGGAGAAAAUAUUGUCUUUUUACUAUAGAUAAUGUUGUUUUAUAAAUGUGCAUAUUAUACUCCGUGCACAUGUACAUAAUAAUAUUUUAAUUAUAAUAGGUACAUUAUAGUUAUACCUAUUACCUACUUAAUGUUUUUGUUACAUCAACACUUUUAUUAUAUUGUGUAACGAUAAAUAUUUGUAAACGAUAUUGUAUUUUUAUUUUUUCAUAUUUAUAAAAAUAAUUUUACACCAAA